AUUAUGUGAAAAACUAUGGCUCAGAACCCAGAAUAACCAAUUGACACAGUGCUAAGUUUGGUUAAUUAAUUUCGGUUGCAAGCAGGCCAGGCGAUUCUUAUUGAUGGAGAUCAUUACACAGAAUAAUUCUUCACAAAACGGCGGCAAGAUAUCACGCGCAGUGACGAAUGUCGAACAGAUGGCAGUGAUAAGAUGAACAGUCUCCCUUUUUAAAAUCCUUUCAAAUUGUUACGAUGUAGCUACUCGGUAUCUAAUUUACACUUAUAGCAUUAUCUCCAGGAGUCCAAUUGUCAUGCCCUCGCAGAUAUUCAAAUUAUCGGUGCCUAGAUAGAAAAGAAAUAAUCUCAAGGUAAUCCACAAAGACUAAGUAAAGAGUGAACGUUUAUACAGGGUGUCAAUUUUAAAACUUGCAGUGGGCCAUAUUUUCCAAACUAAAGAAGAUACUGAAAAUCGCGCAAAACCGUUUCGUGGGUAUCGAGGGGGAACCAGAAUGACGAUAUGAUUGACAAUCAUUUUGUUUAUCAAUUCUAAGCCUUCGUGUGUUUCUUAAUCAUCGCUAAAUCCUUGGGUUACACAUGGCCGCCUUACAUAACAGUGUAAAUUGAUUCUCCUAGGCUGUCUUCCAUAUUGGUAGUACACAUAUCCUUAAAAUCUCGCCUGGUAUCUUGCCGAAAAUACGAUGAAACUCCUUAGGUGGAAAAAAACCUUUUCCCCAAUGAAAAAUCAAAAGAUUAAUGACCAAAGUGCAGACUUACUCUAAAAACCCUCAAAUUCAAACAGGAAAUAUACCCCCCUUAGCCUUUAAUGCCAUUUUAUCAAAAAUAAUCUAAACGAAGGACGCGGACGAAAACAAUUAGGUACUAUUUUACUUGUAUUCAUCUUGAAAAAUGACGUGACCAACACGUCCCUACCUACCCAUACUAAUUUCUCCUAUUGUAAUGUACUAUCGAUUAGGGAUUGUAAUUUCCAACUUUGGUCCGCGCGCGUAAUUGCUCAUUAAACUGAGCUUUUUACCUGCCCACCCUUCUAUGUUCCACUAAUGGUAAGAAAAACGCGUUGGAAAACAACAAGGCAAAUUUCUAGCACUACAAUGCGAAGGGGUGGGAAAGCAAAUAAUUUACGGGAAAUAGUGUCACAUAAUAGAUUAGUUGACGAUGACCCUCGCAAUUGAAUAGGUGCGAGGGACAGCCAUAAAUAUUAAUUGACGAUAUGUUUGGUCUUGCUUCCGACCUACCAAUAUUUCAGCCACGCAUUACGUCGCCUUUUAGAGUGUUGGAAGACAAACGGAGUCACUAUGAGCCUUCGGUAACUUCGGGACCAAUUGACGAACGAGAGGGACCGUCCCUUUAUUUGGACGAGCAUGAUUUGGUUCCUCAUUUCCAGAGAGUAUCGAUAUCUGGGGAGGAUACAAGCGGGACCUUCACUGGAUACUAUAAGGUACCAUUGGAAGAUUUAGAAGAAGCAUCACGUUUGUUAGUGGAAGCACUACAAAUUAGGCAAAAAUAUAUGAAACUGUCUUACCAAUCAUUCCCGACUACUACUGCCACUUUCCUGCAUUCAGUAAAUCCGGAUGCGAAUGCGAAAUUAGAAGAGCAGCAUCAUGAUGAACGGCAAAGUAUUGAAGAACAUGGUAUACAUCCACCUGGUCGGGCAAAUCCGUGGGAAAUUGGAUUACCGCCCGAUACAGGUCACAUUUUCAAAGCGACUGAAGGGGUUUUUCAGGUCUACCUGAAUCAGACCUGUUUAGAAAAAAAUGAGCCCUGUGAUUUCCCUUAUCCUAACUUAAACACUUACGUAGCUGAUAUGAACAAUAUGUGCAACAUGAUUGCGGAUGGACCACUAAAAUCAUUUUGUUAUCGUCGUCUAAGCUAUUUAUCCUCUAAAUACCAACUGCAUGUUUUACUAAACGAGCUCAGAGAACUCGCCUCUCAGAAAGCUAUUCCUCAUCGAGAUUUUUACAAUCUUAGAAAAGUCGAUACCCAUAUUCAUGCUGCAUCGUGUAUGAAUCAAAAGCACCUACUACGAUUCAUUAAGAAGACGUUGAAGACAAACGCGGAUGAGGUCGUAACCGUCACAAAUGGCGUGCCCAUGACUCUUAGCCAGGUCUUUCAGUCUAUGAAUUUGACAACAUACGAUUUAACAGUAGACAUGCUUGAUGUCCACGCCGACAGAAACACAUUUCAUCGCUUCGAUAAGUUUAACGCAAAAUACAAUCCCAUCGGCGAGAGUAGACUGCGAGAGGUAUUUUUGAAAACUGACAAUUACAUAGACGGAAAAUAUUUCGCAAUGAUAAUCAAGGAAAUCGCCAGUGACUUAGAAGAAUCAAAGUACCAAAAUGUAGAACUAAGGAUAAGUAUUUAUGGCAAAAAUCAACAGGAAUGGGACAAAUUAGCGAAAUGGGCGAUAGAUUCGGACGUCUAUUCGGAUAAUGUUCGAUGGUUGAUUCAAAUUCCUAGACUAUACGACAUCUUCAGAUUAAAUAAUCUUCUCCCUAACUUUCAACAAAUUUUGGACAACUUGUUUCUUCCGCUCCUGGAAGUGACAGCGAGGCCGUCGUCGCAUCCGGAACUUCACAAGUUUUUGCAGUACGUUGUCGGUUUUGACUCUGUUGACGAUGAAAGUAAGCCCGAAAAUCCAUUAUUUGACAAAGAUGUGGCCACACCAGAGAAUUGGACUGACAUCGAGAAUCCACCGUACGCGUACUACUUAUAUUAUAUGUACGCAAAUAUGGCCGUGAUAAAUCACUUUAGAAAAGAGCGCGGUCUGAAUACUUUCGUUUUACGCCCUCACUGCGGCGAAGCAGGGCCAAUUCAACACUUGGUCUGCGGAUAUUUGCUUUCGGAAAACAUCUCGCACGGCCUUUUGCUAAGAAAAGUCCCAGUUCUACAAUACCUCUACUACUUGGCUCAGAUCGCAAUUGCAAUGAGUCCAUUAUCUAAUAACAGUCUAUUUUUGAAUUACCACCGCAAUCCGUUACCUGAAUAUUUAGCGCGAGGAUUAAUCGUUUCGCUAUCAACUGACGAUCCGCUACAAUUCCAUUUCACCAAGGAACCUUUAAUGGAGGAAUACAGCAUCGCCGCUCAGGUGUGGAAACUGUCGAGCUGCGAUAUGUGCGAAUUGGCACGGAACAGCGUUUUAAUGUCUGGUUUCCCUCACAAAAUGAAGCAAUAUUGGUUGGGACCGAAUUAUACCAAAGAGGGGGUGGCAGGAAACGAUAUCACAAGAACUAAUGUGCCUGAUAUUAGAGUUGGAUUUAGAUAUGAAACCUUGUUUGAUGAACUAACUAAUAUUUUCAACGCCUUUAGAUCAAAUAUGUAAAUAUAGCUAGGUAUAUUGUUUUUUACUAAUAUUUUUAUUAUUAUGAGUAUUAUAUUGUAAGUAGACAUAUGUUUUUUAUAUUCUGUUGAUUGCAUUAAAAUUAUAGGUAUUAAAA